AUGCGUUUUAAUGCUCUUGCCGUUGUCCUGACAUGCUGCGGCCUCUUGUGCGCCAAUGUAUAUGCCUAUCCUCCCACUUACUCGGAUGAGCCACCUGCGGUCAACAACAAUGGUGAUAACGAUGAUGAUGGAGGAGGCGGCGGAGGUGGUGGUGGCUAUGCCCUGCCACAGUUUCACAUAGGCCAAGCCCAACAUCAAGGACACAACAAACCCACUGGAACACACAUUGUCUCCACGAAAGCAAGCAUAACAACGCCAUCAUCAUCAGCAACCGCGGCCCAGUGGGCGACAGAGGCAAUAUCCGCAAUAACGGCAGCAGGCAAAACAACCUUGCAACCCGCCUUCGUAUACAAUGCCCAAGUUCCAGCCCACAUUGAACCGGAAGCCAACAAGGUUGUCAAUGCCGUUAAACUUGCCAGCUCUACGGUGGCAGCUGCAGCUGCUGCGGCCACCUCGCAACCAUCAUCUUCAUAUCAGACAGAAGGCAGCUUUGGCUAUACCAGCACAUAUCAGGGGCCAAAACUUAAUGGCAAUGUCGAGCAGGAUGGCGACUUGUCAAAGAAACACAACGCCGCUUCCAGCCUAUCGUCUGUUGCAGUCAUACUCAAUGGUGAUCAGCCUGAAUUUACAGAUGCUCUGGGGCAUAAAGUACCAAAACCGCAACCAUCUUUGCAGGUGGCAAGUCCCAUUGAUCUACUAAACCCAGAUCGGUAUGAGUUCUACACAUUUGAUGAGCAUGGAGAACUGGUCAAACGCCUCAUGACCAUGGAGGAAAUCCAAAGUAUUGUCGCAAACGGCGAUGGUGAAGGUCCCACAAUUAUACAUCACAGCCCAGCGGAUGACAGGGAUCCGGAAAAGAAAGUGGAAGAUAUCGUUAACAGUGUUCAAAUUGUUCUUAAUAAGGAAGUGGAGACCAACAAGAAUUCUACGUCCAAUAUACUGUCCGUUUUAGAUACACCAGAUGUUUCAUCGUCAUGGUCCAUGAUUCUGCCGGCAAUCUUUGGCAAUACUGGUAACGUGGAUAUUUUCCCACAACAGAAACCUCAGCAAAUAGUUAUGACGCCUGAUUCUGAAAUACUUGAAACAUCCACCAAAGAACCAAUGACGACCACCACUGUGGAACCAAAGCCCAACAAACGUAAACCAGGACAGAAACGCAAAACAAGCACCACCACAACCACUACUGAAGUCACUCCUCAAGUGAUUCAAGAAGAGCUUGACUCACACGAGUCUGUGUACACUGGAAUGCAGCAAUACCAGCAUCUUACGGCCACCAUGCAAGGCUAUGAAGGCUUCUCUCAAACUCAUUUACAACCUGUCUAUCACAAAUUACCCGAGCAGCUUAAAGUUGAAUCCACCACAAAGCGAGUUUUUAUCAAUAAUCAAGAAAUUGUUCAGGGUCAGAAAGUUGAGAGUGCAAACAUGGGCGAAAAUCAGGCCAAAAAGCCCCCACAUGUACAGCACAAGCCUUUGCCUCCGCAUCGCGUGAAAAAUCCGAAUGGCGGAGUUACCACAACUAAACGGCCACACCCGACGAAGCAGAAGAUAAAGAGAAAACCUUCGACUACGACAAUGGCUCCCCAAAUGCCUUCUACAGUUGAAAUGGUAACAACAACUCCGGAACCCACAACAACUCCAGAAGCCACAACAACUCCAGAACCCACAACAACUACACCAGUACUCACUACCACCAUGACGACAACAACAACAAUACCUGUCCCCACAACAACCACAACGACAACAACAACCAUCCCCGUAACAACUACAUCGACCACCACUGAGGCGCAACCGACCGCUCCAUCAUCUACUACUGCGCCCAAGAAGAAGAAGAAGAAGAAGCCAACGCCUUCUCCAGCUUCAGAAGGCUAUGGUUCCUCGUUAAAGCCUAUAACCACUACGGAUAAUGUUACCGCGAUCUCAUCCACCGAAGCUAAGCCUGAACAAAUUACCGAUGCUCCGCCGAUGAAUAGCACCAGCACUACUGCUCCAAAGAAAAGGAAGAAGAAACCCACCAGAAAUCCUAUUCGCACAACCACUUCGCCAGGUGGCGAAUCCACGGCUAAACCAAACGUUGGCUCUGAAAAAUCUAAGCCAUCUUCAAAACCGCAUAAAACUAGACCAACUCAAACAUCCUCAAUAUCUGCAGAUCUAGCAGCAGAAGGAUCGGCGCAUCAAGAAAUUGCACACAAUAAUUACCAACAAGUAUCACAUCACCGGCCACGCCCAAAACCACACAAACCUACGACGACUACCACUAAAAAGACGACAACAACAACAACAACAGACAUGCCAUCAACAACGACAAUCUAUUCGCCAGUGCCGGCGGUAACAAGUCAAAAUGAACCAGGCUUGAUUGUGGAGGAAUUCCCCGGAUAUCAACCAACAACAUCGAUUAGAGUUACAUCCGAAAGUCCGAGUCCGACUCCGACAACAACCCACCAUGAACCUACGGACAGUGGCACAUCAGGCUACCCAAUACCUUCUUAUGGCUUAACAAUCAACCAUUCCGAAGAAGACUCUAACACGUACGAUUAUAAGAAACAACCCCUGCCGGUCAUUGCUACUACGCAAAAGGAUAUACCGAAGCCCGAUGAACAGGACAUCAACACUAUGCAGUCAUUUGAUCAAAUACUGCAGUCACUGAAACAGCCAGAGUUGACACAGAAAGUGGACCUCUUGGUGCCAGAUUCAAACGGAACCAAGGUGAAACCAAUCAAAUAUGACAGCGCGGAAAAUAUGGAACAACUUGAAGAUCUUGCCAACAAGCACAUGUUGCCGGUUGAUAUAGCAGAAAAUUCUUACUAUCCUCAAAUUCUGGAAAAUACUUAUGGAAGCAAUAGUAGCGUAUCAUUGGCAACAAUAGGAGGUCAGCAAGAAAUAAAUAAAAUAUGGCAAAACUCUUCUGAUGAAACAGAUACGACAACAUACCUAACCAAAAAUCCUUUAGACACCACGACAAGCAUGGCAGUCGAACCGGAAACAACAGAAAUGGAAAUGACCAAAACGGUAUCAAUCCCAACUAAUUAUCCAGACUCUGAAACUGAAGACACAGGACCAGCUUAUGUGGCACCAUCCCAAUCCCUGACGGAGUCGUCACAGGACAGUGCUGUAGAGACGAACCCCUCAACUCUUCAAAAUACUGCAGAAACGUCCGAGCAGUUCCCUGAAACAACAUAUAGCGGUCCAGCAAAGUACGCAACAGAGCUGCCCAUUGCUAUCACACCAACUGCGGAGGAAAUUUCCGAAGAAUCCACCAAAUAUUUGACCGAAGAUUCGAACGAAGAAACUACGAAGGAAAUUGCCAACGAUUCACUAGAUACCACAUUGUUGCAGGAGACAACGGAACUUCCACAUACGCAAUUAAAUGAAUUUUAUGCUCAAGAGCCCCAAACUAUAAUACAUAGUGUGACAACGGAAAUGCCACUUGAACUUCCGUCCUUGAUAUAUGGGGACACAACUACUGACUCCUCGGCUGAGUUGCCAGAGCAAACAACAUUAGUGUUGGGCCAAUUUCGACUACCAGUGAAAGCUCCUCAAAAAGACCACUUCAUGGAUGAUGACAAGGACUCUUACGAGCAGCCAAUUCUGGUGGCUGACCUUAAGCCUCAAUUGAAUCUAGAAGUGUUAAAACCGUCCGCACAAAUUAGUAUGUCAGACUUCCAAACGCAAGCUGCAACCGUCGCAUCGACCCUGGUCGAUGGAACCAAUACAUUACAAUACAAUAACAAUAUGAUGAGUUCAAACGAAACGAAAGACGAGAUUGCCUUCCUUGUGUCUGAUGUGAUAAAACAGAUAUCCAACAACGAUCAUACUAUGGCAAAGCCGGACGAAACCACCUAUGCCACCCGUCCGCAAUAUUCUCCUAGUGCUCACCAGAAUGUGCCGAUGCCCAUUAAGCAGGACUAUAACGAUAACCAACAAUCCAAUGGGGGACACGGGCUAUACAUUCCUCUUGAACAUGAGAACUUCUAUCACAAUCGCUUUUCCAACUUGGCCAAACUAAAUACAUCAUUUCUCAUGCCUGAUCAUUCAGCCCAGAGUGCAGAUGACAAACUGACAGCUGUUGUGCAGCCAAUUUUGCUCGACUCUUACGGUAAUGGUGAACUCGGCGCAGAUGAAAAUCUUGAGGAAAAACUUGAAAACAACAUGACAAAUGAAGCAUCCUCCACGUCCCAGCAGGAUGAGAAAACAACCACGAACAGUGAUGAACAAUCGGGAACCGAGCCACUAGUUGAUCCUGUCACUCUAGCAUCUGAGCCCCUAAAUGAAGGUUUCGAAAUGGCAAUGGCAACAGACACGGAAGACUUCACGCCAGCACUCACCAGCACCGAACAAACAACGCAAUUAUUCGACAACAAAAUAACAAACCUAUACCAAACAUCCGCAGAUUUCUACGAUACCAUAGCAAAUAAUGUCCAAAUGGACAAUUUACAGGUAGAAGAUAAUGCGACCAUCAGUACUCCGCAGAGAGAGGAGUCCACAACAACAGCAAUUUUACAGGUAGAAGAUAAUGCGACCCUCAGUACUCCACAAAGAGAGGAGUCCACAACAACAGAAAAUCAUAGUACCGACGAGAGCGAUGAUGAAGAGAAUACUACAUUAGUGGCCCUUGCUCCAUCGCUGUCUCAUACAUAUGUUGAACAGAAAAUGCCGGAGGACAUAGUAGACGACAGGGAGGCUCUUUUUGAGGCCAAUAGUUCUGUAGACACUACAACACAAUUAAACGAUUUGUCCGAAGAAACAACUGAGAGCCAAUGGCAGAACUACGGUGAAAACAAUACACCUGAUUUAAUUCAACUGCCAACGUACUCCGUAGCCAGUGAGGAGUCAGAUUUCAAAAUUGGAUAUGGUGAACAGCAAAUGACUGCUGAAGACGCUUUAGUAGAUGCUGAGAUUACGACAAACUCUCCGACGAAGAGUAGCGAAGAAAAUAUGAGUGAAUUGGAAACCGCAACAAUAAAGGUGGAAUCCACAGAGGGACAGGAAGACUACAAAACUAUGGAAAAUGCUUUGGAAGACAUAGAUGAAUCCACGGUCGCGCAUGUCAUAAAGCCACCUAACUAUCAAUCUGAUGUGGUGGAUGAUGAUACCGGCUAUAACAAGUUGCAGAUCAGUGCGGAAAGUAGUGUCGAAACCACAACAGCAAAAGUCUACGAGGAAUCCGAGGAAAAUUCCUCUGACACAGAUAGUUCAGAUACUACAACGCCUCGAGAAGAUACCACUCAACCUCCAUCCUUUGAAGAGGAGAAUAUCGACGUAGGAUAUGCGCAGCCAACACUGGUGGAAGAGACAACCACCAUUAGUUAUGACAUGAGUGAGGAAACAUCAUAUGAGCUAACUGCCAUGAUAUCUGAAGAAGAUGAGAGUGAUGACUUAGUCGAUGAAGAUCCUUACAUCAAGUUGGGAGAAACAACUACACCAAAAAUAGUAGAAUCAUCCACUGGAUUGCUGACGAAUUACCACACCACAACGGUUACCCCCUCUGUUCAAAAUAUUUCAUUGGAAUCAAAUCUGUCUGCAGACCAAUCCAAUCUAAGCCAAAAUGAAACAAACGAUCAAAAUCUGCAAGAAGACAAACACAUGGCACCACCGAAGCCCAUCAAUAUCAUUCCGGAACCCGAAGAUUCAAGCAGUUCCAACAACGCAGAAGCACAAAACCUAAAUGAUGAACACACAUUCGAUGGAGCGGAUGAAGAGGACGAAGAUGACCAACUUGGUUAUCAGGCUCCAAAACAACCCACCUCGCCCUCCACAGGUACACAAGUUGAGGCAACAACGACUCCAAAGCCAACAGUGUCCACGACCAAGCGCCUUAAUACGCUAAAGCCGGUUUCCUAUUUUAAUAAACAGCCCGCUUACGCCUUAUACCAGGACCAAGUUGAACCCUUGUACAACAAGCCAACCAUGAUGCCCCAGUCGCAGCAGCAGCAUCAAGAGAGUGUCCCAAAUAAAGUUUUGACAUACAGCGUUGUGACGCCGCAGCAGCGCCCCAUGCAACGACCACCACAGCUAAGCAAUUUGAUGAUUGCAUCUUCGCUGGCAACUCGGGCUCCCGUCAAGCUGGAACCUUCUCCGCCCAGUUCAAAGGGCCUUGAAGCUUCCUUGACCAAUUUAGAUGGGGACAUCUUGGCCUUCGCCAAGCUUUGCAAUGAAUUGGCAUUCAGUUACUGGAAAUCGAUCACGUCGGAGAAAAUCAGUGCCGCUAGGAGUUUAGUACUGUCCCCGUUUGCUCUGACAUCCAUGCUCUCCAUGGUAUUUCUGGGAGCCCGAGGAAGUACUUCCGGUGAAAUGAACGAUAUUCUCAAAUUGGACGACAUGGUCACAUUCAAUCCCCAUUUAGUUUUCAAGAACAUCACCGACUCAGUUGAAAGGGCUAUGGAUAGUGACAUUGCCACCACAGCAUUUGUUCGAGAAGUCUUUAGCGAUCGGGCAAAUGGUAAAAUCCUACAGUUCUUCAAGGAAAAAACCCAACAACUUUACGCCGGCCACGUGGAAGAGGUUAAUUUUCACGUUGUUAAUGACAUUAUACGCCGUCGAACGAAUCUUCUGGUGAAACGCCAUACUAUGGGCAAGGUUCUUGAAUACUUGCGCACAAACAGCGUGUGGGUAAAUGGCCCUCUUGCUACCAUAUCCGCAAAUCUCUUCCAGACUGAUUGUUCCCAUGGCUCGACUCAAGAUCGAGAUGGAGAACUUUUUUUCCAGGUUCAUCCAACUGUUAGGCAACGUCGUCUUGUGCCCAUUCCUGCAGUUCUCUUCAGAAGUGGUUUUACCGCCGGCUAUGAACCAAAUUUGGAUGCAACUGUUGUGGCCUUUGGUAGAAUACAGGAUACCGUAAGCAUGAUAUAUGUGAUGCCGGGUCACCAGAGCACAAUAUCUCCUUCUGAUAAUCUGGAUCGCCUUGAAAAGGAUCUAAUGGACACUGCCAUCUCUAAGAACGCCUGGAGCAACUUGCUUACAUCGCUUAUGGAUCGCCCCGGCAUGGAGGUGCAGUUGCCGAGAUUUUCGCACAGAUCCUUCGUGAAUGCUACUCUGGGUUUGCAGAAAAUGGGUCUUAAAGGUCUGUUCAAAUCAGAUUACGCCGACCUUGGUGGCUUGACCGGGUCCUCCAACCGCGACAUCUUCCUUUCGGAUAUGAUACAAAUCAACACCUUCAGCACAUGCGGCGAAGAGAAAAUUGCCGACCACCACCACGUUGAGAUGUACCCAGCACCACCUUUACGCAAACGCAACAAGGACGUAGACGCCCACGAAGAUGACGACUUUGAUUCCUCCGAAGCGAUAAUCGAUUUCGGCUCAUUGGUGCAGGAUUCAGCACUUGGACGAGGCUUCUAUGAUGAUCUGUUGGACCCCAAAUAUUUGGAAUUGCCAUUGCCCUUAAGACCACGCCAGGCCCGAGUACCUGAUGCCCCAAGAUUGAGGUUUGACAAACCUUUCUUAUACUUUGUUCGCCACAAUCCAACUGGUAUGAUUCUCUUCAUGGGUCGUUUUAAUCCCCGACUCUUGCCAUGAGUCCUCACCUUCAGUGUUUAAAUUAUUUUAUAUACUUAUAAAAGCGAAUUCUUGCUGAGGUGUUAAGCAGUCACCCCAUAUUUAAGCAAGCCAAACUAUAACCGAAUUUGUUACCAGAACUCCCAGUACGUUCCCCACAUACCCCAUUCUAACUUAGUUAAUCUUCCAAACUCAUGGCGAUGUAAUUCCCCCCAUUUCCGCAUUGCCUAAACGAAAUCGAGAGCGUCUGAUUCGCUUUCACAUUACGAUAACAAUUAUUUAUAAUUACUAUUUUAUUAAUUUUUAUUACGAUUAUUUGUUGCUGUACCUUAAUCACGAAUCACAACAAUAUAUUGGACGAGAGUGCCUAGCCCGGCGACUGCCAUCCUGCCAUCCUGUCAUUCUUUUCGUAGCCGCUCACCCACUGACCUUGCAUGCCGCUAACUGUUCCUGAUUCAAGAUUGACAUACAGCAUAUGCUCCAUGAACUUACUUAUACAUUCACACAUAUCAAUAAACAUAUACACAUACAUACAUAUAUAGCAUAUAUAUAUAUAUACAUAUUUCAUAAAGCAUGCUACACACAUGCACAUAAUGUGCACGUAUUU